AGAAGUAAUCAGAUCAUAUUCUCUCCAUCACUCUAAACUAAGUACGCACAUCCGGGAUCUUCAUUUGGGGUAAUUGACCCACUUUUCGACAAAAAGUAGCAGACGAAUAAAGUUGUUUUGUGAAAGUUUUUAAAACAUGUCCGAGGACCAACCCGUCUUCGUCCAACUUAGAAGAAAGGAUCCUUCCGUACAGUGGGGAUUUCGUAUGAAUGGCGGAAGAGAUCAAGGAUCUAUAUUAUAUAUUCAGAAGCUAUCACGUAAUGGUGUGGGAGACAGGAGUGGCUUACGACCGGGGGACGGAAUUCUAAAAAUAAAUAAUGUGCCAGCAACGUAUUUAGACCACGAACAAGCUAAAAUGGAAAUUAUCAGAAGUGGAAACGAACUAGAUUUUGUGGUGCAAAGAGAUGCCAUAGAUGUAGGUCAACAUAGAGGAGCACAAACUAAACCAGCACCAAAACAACGUUCUGAAGUUGAUGAGGAACCCUCGAUGUAUAAGGGAUACACUAACCCUAAUGUACAGUCUAGAUCAUUUAAAAUAUUACAACAAUCAUUAAAUUAUUCAGAAGCACCACAAGAUGGACCUUCUGAAGCUGGACAAAUGAAAUUGAUGAAAUGAAUAGAAGCAUUUUUGCAGCCAUACGUAUCCAGGUUAUUAUAAGAGGAGGAGAUUAUAAAACACUCAUCAACAAAGACUAAAUGUGAUGCACCAUUCCUAAAACUUAUAUACUAGCGAUGGAAAGUAGUUCUUUGCAGGCAGUUCUUUUAGUAGAGAAAAUUAGUAUUGAUUUAGUGUUAUGCUGUUUCUUUCACUGAGCGCUAUAAUGAGGCACCUCAUUCGUCAUAACUAAGUCACUCAUUUUGCAUGUCUCGUCGAUGUUGAUCAGGUUUUUAUUUAUUUAUUUCAAAUUUUUGUUUACUCUAUUUUUUUGUUGUUGUAUAUCGACGCUUUUAUAUCAAAAUUACCUAUAUUGUAGUAAUUUCAUGAUUAUUAGGGGGAUAACACGCUUUUUGGAUGUAAAAAAAAAGUCAGAUAUGGAAAAAAUUACCCCCAAAAAAGGGGGAUAGGGAAAUGAGCACCCCAUCUUACCAACUCAUUUAUAUUUACAGGUCAAUCAAACUCAUCAGAAUCAAGUCGUAUAUAUGUAUAUGUGUUUAAAUUGGUCCAUUUCAAUCACAUGUGAAUACUUUGGAACAAAUACUGUUAAACAAAUUGGAAAAAAAUUCUUAAAAGCUAUGUUAGUUAUUUGGUUUUUUAUAUCGUUAUUAUUUCCUCUUUACAACGGGAUUUUAUUUUUUCAGCGGUAAAAAUAUACAUUUUGUAAUACUAACUCGCAAAACUAUCCCAUAUUAUUUAUUUUUUUUGCUGUUUUAAGGUAUUUUAUUUUCACUUUUUUGUGCACAUAAUAGCUUUUAAUAAGAAGGAGUUCUGUUGUCCUUAAAAAUAAGUGUUGCCAUGUUACGUGACAAUCACCAGUUAUAUUUAUAUAAGAGAUGUAUCAAAAUACUGUUUUAUUAUUUGUUGCAGUCCCUGAAAUAGAGGCUUUUGACAUCCCGUUUGUCAGUCUGACAAGAUCUAGGACGUGAGCUUUAAGUCUUGUUUCGGAGAUUGUAUUUGUUGAUAUUAUUUAUAAAUAUGAUAUUAUAUAUAUAUAUAUAUAUAUGUGUAUACUGGAAAGUUAUUCCUUAUAUUUUUGCGUUAUAGUGUGACGAUAUUGAAUAAAUAUUUUAUGUUU